AUGUGUGAUAAAAGGAAAAGGUUUAACUCAGCUUUGACAUUUGAAGAAUUUAUUGAUUAUCAUAAUCAAUUACCAGAAACACCUUAGCUUAAGUAAGAUUCAUCUUUAAUAUUUAGACCAAUUAAGCAGUGUACUUUCUCUAUACCAGAAUUAGAUUUAACAAAUGAUGUCUCUCAAACUUAGUUGAAUAUUCCUUUAUAAACAAUUUUCGAAGAAGAACUUAAUAGUCCUAAAGAAAUAAUAAAAACAAAAAAGUUAAUAAGAAAAAGAUAAAGGUUCUUCAGUGAAAAUUCUCAAUACUCAGUAAUUAGUAUAUUGGAGAGAAGACUAUAAAGAUAGAAAUCUUCUAUUCCUACUAUUUUUGAAUUAUGAUUCCACUCUCUC